AUAAAACUACACAACACAAGAAGCGAAAAAGAGCAUCAGCUGCUUAUUUGGUUAGGGUUUUUGUGCACACAGCCUCAAACAGCUUCUCUCUCUAUUCUUCUCCAAUUUUGCUUUCUUUCUUCAUUCUACAGAGUAUUCUCUGCUCCCUCUCAUAAGGAAAGAAAAUGUCGAAGAAAGGUUUAAUGGAACAAGACUUGAGUAAAUUGGAUGUGACGAAGUUGCAUCCACUUUCUCCUGAAGUUAUCUCUCGUCAGGCCACUAUCAAUAUAGGCACUAUUGGUCAUGUGGCUCAUGGAAAGUCUACUGUUGUCAAAGCAAUUUCUGGUGUCCAGACUGUUCGUUUUAAGAACGAGUUGGAGCGUAACAUUACAAUUAAGCUUGGUUAUGCAAAUGCUAAGAUAUACAAGUGUGAAGAUGAUCGAUGCCCCCGCCCUAUGUGCUAUAAGGCUUAUGGAAGUGGAAAGGAAGAUAGUCCCAUGUGUGAUGUACCCGGAUUUGAAAACGUUAGGAUGAAAUUGUUGAGACAUGUCUCUUUUGUUGAUUGCCCGGGUCAUGAUAUUCUCAUGGCUACAAUGCUUAAUGGAGCAGCAAUUAUGGAUGGAGCAUUGCUUCUCAUAGCUGCAAAUGAAAGCUGCCCCCAACCACAGACUUCUGAGCAUCUUGCUGCUGUUGAAAUUAUGCGUCUCCAGCAUAUCAUUAUUCUUCAAAAUAAAGUUGAUUUAAUUCAAGAAAAUGUAGCAAUCAACCAACAUGAGGCUAUUCAGAAAUUUAUUCAGGGAACUGUUGCUGAUGGUGCACCAGUGGUGCCAAUAUCUGCACAGCUGAAGUACAAUAUUGAUGUUGUGUGUGAAUACAUCGUGAAAAAGAUCCCAAUUCCAGAAAGGAACUUUAUUUCACCGCCUAAUAUGAUUGUAAUUCGCUCUUUUGACGUCAAUAAGCCUGGGUUUGAGGUUGAUGAGAUAAAAGGUGGCGUGGCUGGUGGAAGCAUCUUCAGGGGUGUUCUGAAGGUCAAUCAAUUUAUUGAAGUUCGUCCUGGAAUUGUUGUUAAAGAUGAGACAGGGAAUAUCAAGUGCACACCCAUAUACACUAGAAUAGUUUCAUUAUAUGCUGAGCAGAAUGAGCUACAAUUUGCAGUGCCAGGAGGACUCAUUGGUGUUGGCACAACCAUGGAUCCCACUUUGACCCGUGCUGAUCGAUUGGUCGGUCAAGUUCUUGGAGAUGUUGGAUCACUCCCUGAAGUUUUUGUUGAGCUUGAGGUGAAUUUCUUUCUUCUUCGACGACUUAUUGGUGUUAGGACAAAGGGCUCAGAGAAGCAAGGAAAGGUGUCAAAGCUGGCGAAGGGAGAGAUUCUCAUGCUGAACAUAGGCUCCAUGUCAACUGGCGCUCGAGUUAUUGCUGUAAAGAAUGAUUUGGCGAAGCUGCAGUUGACUUCUCCUGUGUGCACGAGCAAGGGAGAGAAGAUUGCACUCAGCCGACGAGUUGAGAAGCAUUGGCGACUUAUUGGGUGGGGGAUGAUUCAAGCUGGAACGACCCUUGAUGUUCCACCAUGCCCCCUCUGAGAAUCUAAAGCAGAGUUUCCAGAUGCACAUUAUUAUUGUUUGUGGUGUUUCAAUUUUUGUUCAUAGUCCAAGUUUUGAACAAGGGUCACUUCAACUAACGGUAUGUAACAGGUUAUUGGUGGAAAAGGCCAUAUAUGGCAUUUUCAUGGAGUUCGUUCUCAGAGAUAUUUCUUCUUUAUUUUAUUAAUUUUCAUGGUCUUUUGGAGGAUAA